AUGGUGGAUGCCGUGCCGAAGAGCAAACUUCUGCUCUCCAUAGAGUGCAAAGGGCUGCAGAACAAAGAUGUCUUAUCCAAGUCUGACCCAAUGUGUGUGGUUCAUAGCAAAGACCCGCAAGGUCGCUGGGUCGAGGUCGCGAGGACUGAAGUCAUACAGAACAACCUCAACCCCAAGUUCUCGACCAAGAUCGAGAUCGACUUUCUGUUCGAGACCGUGCAGAAUGUCAAGUUCACAGUGUACGAUAUCGACUCGCCCAAGAAGAGCCUGGACCAGCAAGACUUCCUGGGAUUCCACGAGACGACGCUAGGGAAGAUCGUAGGGUCGAAGGGAUCGUGCCUGAUCGAGGCACUUGCAAGCUCUAAGGGAGCCAACGACAAGAGGUAUGGCACCAUCAAGAUCCUUGCGGAGGAGGUACAGGGAGCGAACGACUCUCUCCGCUUCAUCCUGAGUGGGACCAAACUAGCGACAAAGGACUGGCUGGGAAAGGGGGACAAGUACGUGAGGAUCAAGAGGAAGCGGAAGGAUGGGGCGCUGGAUGUGGUGUAUGAGACUGAGGUCAUCAAGAACUCUAAGGACCCUGUCUGGCACGGGAUCGAAAUCCCCAUUCAGAAGCUCAACCUGGGACAGAUGGACAUGCCGAUGGUCUUCGAGCUGUGGGACUGGAACGCCAUGUCGAGCCACGACUUCAUGGGCCAGGUGACCUGCACCGUGCAGGACCUGCUGAAAGGGACCGGUCCAGCAUCUUUCCCUGUCAAGAAGAACAAGGGAAACGCCCAGGACACCAAAGAUCGAGGACUCCUCAACAUUACCCACGUCCAGCUGGUACACCGGCCGACGUUCUUCGAGUACGUGGCUGGGGGAUGCCGCAUCGACAUCCUGAUGGCCGUUGACUUCACUGCGUCCAACCAGGACCCGCUCAAGCCAGACUCUCUCCACUACAUGAACCCGUCGGGCUUCAACCAGUACCAGCUCGCCAUCGCGUCUGUUGGGGAGAUCCUCGAGAAGUACAGCUCCAGCAAGCAGUUCGGGUGCUUCGGGUUCGGCGCGAAGCUGCCGGAUGGUCGGGUGUCCCACUGUUUCGCCCUCAACGGCAAGGCGGAUCGCCCGGAGGUCCAGGGGGUCCAGGGGAUCCUCGAUGCGUAUGCCAAGUGUCUCAGCAGCGUCGUGCUGUACGGGCCGACCAACUUCGCUGACAUCAUCACCAUGGCUAACGACAAGUGCAAGAGGAUCAAGCCGGGCAGCCAGGAGUACGUCGUCUUGCUGAUCAUCACCGACGGAGAGAUCACCGACAUGGACAACACGAUCGAGAAGAUUAUCGACUCCUGCUCCAGCCCUCUCUCCAUCGUCAUUGUCGGGGUCGGUGACGCAGACUUCGGCAAGAUGGAGGAGCUCGAUGGGGACGAUCGGGUGCUGCGGUCCUCUGUAUCUGGCAGGCAGGUCACCCGGGACAUAGUGCAGUUCGUCGCCUUCAGGGAGUGCAACAAGAACGGAGCUGAGCUCACCAGCCGCGUCCUCGCUGAAAUCCCCUCCCAGCUCACCUCCUACAUGAUCGCCAACAACAUCCAGCCCCGUCCUCGUCCCUCUGUGGACUCAGACUGGAACCAGGUGCAGGCAGGCAUGCAGAAUCUCAACAUAGGAGGAGGCGGUGGCUCAGCCCCUCCCCCUCCCCCCCCCGCAUACUCUGCGCUGCCACCAGGAUGGGAGGAGCGAGUCGACCAGAGCAGUGGCAGAGCUUACUAUGUCAACCAUCAGACACAGACGACACAAUGGGAACGACCAGUUUGA